UAUCAUCACCGAGUCCGCAGCCUUCUCCUCUGAUCGCCUGUGUUUAUUAGCGUUGCGGGGCAAAUGGACGUCGAGAAAAAGACUGAAGUGAUUCCAUUGAAAAGGUCCUCAUCGGAAGCGCAGAAUGAAGAUUUCGGUGAUAGCACCAAGCGACGGCGGUAUUUUCAUCACCACACCAUUCAACACAAGCAAACGCAGCCUGCCGACGCCGCUGCGGUCCCUCAAGAUGAGAGCGUCAUAGAUGCACUCCUCACUAGAUCUAUCGGAGUUGUUUUAGAGACAGUGGGGUUUGCCGGUGCUGAUUCAGUCGCAAUCGAGAGCUUCCGCCUAGAAGUCGAUGAAUAUAUUCAGGGAUUUCUCUCAAGCGUCACUCAAUCUAUGCUCUCCUGCCGCCGAGCUCAGCCCAUUCCGCAAGAUUUCGAACAUGCUCUCCGAAAGCAUAAUAUUCUGCCCUCGUUUCUAAUAGCUCACCUAGACCCGCCGGUAUCAACAGAGGUAUCGCAGCCAAAUCUCAGUGUUCUUCCACCUGUGCAACAACCAGAUAUUCUUCCACCAACACUAUUCGGAGAAGAGUUAGAUGGUGCGGUGGACAAAUCACUACGAUCGUAUAUUCCGUCCCACUUCCCGCCUUUUCCUAGCAAACAUACAUAUAAUUCUACACCAGCGUUCACCGAUAGAGAAAAGGAUGCUCGGAGAAUCCGGGAGCGAGCUACUGAGGAAGGAAGACUGGGCGAAGAGGCAUUGCGACGUUUGGUGGGAGCAUCCAAAGGUGGCGCGCCGAAAACGACUCACGACCGUAUUUCAAGCGCGAGGCAUAAAAGACAUAAGGAUCGAGAAGAUAUGUGGAGAAAGACCCUUGAUUUGCUGGCGAACAACAAUAAUGGCGCCGCAAAAAGCUUAGAUGAGUCAGGCAUGAAUAUGGGAGCUUGGGGCGCAGAAAAUUCGAGUGAUUCUUUCAUUGACAGGCCGCCUUUAACCGCAGAUCAAGAUAUUGUUGUUAAUUCAGAACGCAGCUAUUGGCGAAAAGCUGUUGCGCCGGCUAAAUCGGACUCGACAAAUGAUUCGAGCAGCCUUUCUCAAUCUUCAAGGACAAAACAACCGGCAUAAUAUGGCGUUUAUGCUUUUUUCAAAGAUACCAUGAGUUGGCAGUCCGUCGGAAUUUUCUGGAAAUCACACUGCAAUGGCGUUUUGGUGUUCUUGGGGGCCAAGAGCCGAUUGAAAGAUACUCUUGUGAAUUAUGGAUGAUGAAUAAAAUAGAUACCAAUACAAUUUGUCCUGCAAAAUUUUGAACAAGCUUGCG